GCCCCCCGCCGCCCGGGCUCCGCGCGCAUGGUCGCCGCUGGAGCGGGCCACACGGUGCUGCUCAGUGUGACCUCCCGGCGCUGGUCGCGGGUCUGACCUACACGCAGGUUGCCGCUGGAGGGAGCCACACCGUCUUGCUCAGAAACGAUGGCGUUGUCAUGGCCUGCGGCGCGAAGGAUAUGGGUCAGUGUGACCUCCCAGCACUGGUCGCGGACCUGGCUUACACGCAGGUCUCCGCUGGAGUCUUUCAUACAAUUUUGGUCAGGACCGAUGGCACGGCCGUGGCCUGUGGCAGGAAUCAUGUGGGUCAGUGCGAUCUCCCCUCGCUGGCAGAUGGCAUGGCCUACGCGCAGGUUGCCGCUGGAGGUCGCCAUUCGCUCCUGCUCAGGAGCGACGGCACCGUCGUGGCCUGCGGCAGGAAUUGCGAAGGUCAGUGCGACGUCCCAGCUCUGGCCGCGGGCCUGUUCUACACGCAAGUCGCCGCCGGAGGGUUCCACACAGUCCUGCUGAGGAGCGAUGGUGCGGCCGUGGCCUGCGGGAGGAAUGUUGAGAACCAGUGCGACCUCCCAGCGCUGGUCGCUGGCCUGACUUACACAUCCGGCCCAGCUGGGGGGCGUCCAGGAGGGGGGCGUGCGGACUGUGUGUGUAUAUCAUGA